AUGGGCAAGCUGAUCUUGGACCAGGCGGCUUCAUGGAGUCGCAGCUCGCUCAACUCACCACAUCCGCCACGAGUUCCCAACUUCCUCGCCGUGAUAUGGAGGGACGAGGACACCGGAUUUAUUUAUGCAUCUCGACUACCCGGACGUCAGCUGAACGAGUUCUGCGAGCAGGACUUGGAUCAGGUCCACGUCUUCAUCCCCCCACACCACUAUCAGCCGCACUGGGACCCCUACAUCAGCCGGUACGACAUCGACGUUCCCCAAACCGACGCCUUGCUAUAUUUGAAAACGCCUCGGCUUGUCGGGUAUGACGGAACACCGGGUAUCGCGCAGAGGGUGCGGCAUGAAAUCUGCGUCCUCGAGCAGCUGAGGAAGAACCCCCACCCCAAUCUCUGCGAUUACUACGGGUGUGCGGUUGAUUCAACUGCGGGGUCGCAACAUUAUCCAAGACCCACACUCCAUCUUGAGACCAUAGCAAAAGGCAUCGUGGCGGGUAUGCGACACCUCCACGCCAUGGGACUCGCACAUAACGAUAUCAGCCCGAGCAAUAUCAUGAUUGAUGAAUACGGGAGCCCCGUCAUCAUCGAUUUCGACAAUUGCUCUUCCUUCGGCCAGCCCUGUAGACCAGGGACACCGGGAUAUACCAACUUCUCCAAGAUUUCCGAUCCCCGUAACGACUAUCACGCUUUCAACUGCCUCUUGGCCCUUCUCCGUCAGAAAUUUGGACUUGUACAUCCUCAUCGCUCAUCACAGACGUUGCCCACUCCAAUGAUCGCUGUAAAUUAA